UCCUCCACCGCCGCCAUGCACGCCACCCACAUGCUCCCCUCUCUCAAACCCCCCUACGCCUCUCUCUCUCCUUCCUCUGCCGUCUUCGUCUCUAUAUAUACCUCCUUCCCCGUCCUCCCCAUUCCCCCAACACCUCACAAGGCUACCCCAACACCACCACACCACCACAACUCCUCCAAAGCUACUCCCUCGCUCGUCCAAGCUCCCUGCUUCCGGGUGGAGAUGUCAACGAAGGCGGCGGCGUUGGAGGUGUCGGUGGAGGCGGGGAACGGUCGCGACGGGGCGUGGCUGGACGACGACGGGCGGCCGCGGCGGACGGGCACGGUGUGGACGGCGAGCGCGCACAUCAUCACGGCGGUGAUCGGCUCCGGCGUGCUGUCCCUGGCGUGGGCGAUCGCGCAGCUGGGGUGGGCGGCGGGCCCCGCCGUCAUGCUGCUCUUCGCCUUCGUCAUCUACUACACCUCCACGCUCCUCGCCGAGUGCUACCGCUCCGGCGGCGACCCCGUCGCCGGCAAGCGGAACUACACCUACAUGGACGCCGUCCGCGCCAGCCUCGGCGGCGCCAAGGUCAGGCUCUGCGGCGCCAUCCAGUACGCCAACCUCUUCGGCGUCGCCAUCGGUUACACCAUCGCCGCAUCCAUCAGCAUGCUGGCGAUCAAGAGGGCGGACUGCUUCCACGCCAAGGGCCACAGGAACCCGUGCCGGAGCUCCAGCAACCCGUACAUGAUCCUCUUCGGUGUCGCCGAGGUCGUCUUCUCGCAGAUACCGGACUUCGACCAGAUAUGGUGGCUCUCCAUCGUCGCCGCCGUCAUGUCCUUCACCUACUCCGCCAUCGGCCUCGCCCUCGGCGUCAUGCAGACCGUCGCCAACGGCGGGUUCCGGGGCAGCCUCACCGGCGUCGCCGUCGGCGCCGGCGUCACCUCCGCGCAGAAGAUCUUCCGCAGCCUCCAGGCCUUCGGCAACAUCGCCUUCGCGUACUCCUACGCCAUCAUCCUCAUCGAGAUCCAGGACACGAUCAAGGCGCCGCCGCCGUCGGAGGCGAAGGUGAUGAAGAAGGCGACGAUGAUCAGCGUGGCGACGACCACCGUCUUCUACAUGCUGUGCGGGUGCAUGGGGUACGCGGCGUUCGGCGACGACGCCCCCGACAACCUCCUCACGGGGUUCGGAUUCUACGAGCCCUUCUGGCUCCUCGACAUCGCCAACGCCGCCAUCGUCGUGCACCUCGUCGGCGCGUACCAGGUCUUCUGCCAGCCGCUCUUCGCCUUCGUCGAGAAGUGGGCGGCCGCGACGUGGCCCGACAGCGCCUUCAUCUCACGGGAGGUCAGGCUCGGCCCCUUCGUCCUCAGCGUGUUCCGGCUCACAUGGCGCACGGCGUUCGUCGCCCUCACCACCGUCACCGCCAUGCUCCUCCCCUUCUUCGGCGACGUCGUGGGGCUCCUCGGCGCCGUCUCCUUCUGGCCGCUCACCGUCUACUUCCCCGUCGAGAUGUACAUCGUGCAGCACGGCGUGCGCAGGGGGAGCACGCGAUGGGCGUGCCUGCAGACGCUCAGCGCCGCCUGCCUGUUCGUGUCCGUGGCCGCCGCCGCCGGCUCCAUUGCCGACGUCAUCGACGCGCUCAAGGUGUACCGCCCGUUCAGCGGCUAGAGUUCAGGGGGGCCGAACGAGGCGCGCGUGCCGUGGACAUGCGUUGUGUGCCGACUAGUGGAAGGUGCUAGACUGAAUAGUGGGUCAUGACUGUAAGCUUUAAGGAGAUGGAGAAGAAAGCCACUGAACUUUUGUGGCGUUCUCUCAUCUAGCACCUUGUAGAAUAUCAUAAUGUGUGCAAAACUUGUUAUUCAAAUGCACCCUCUCCCUUGUUGAUUUUUAAAUUCCUACAGUUUUCUCCUUUGAGGAUGCACAAUCUUACGAAAUGUGAUUCGGCUGCAAACAAAUAUAUACCUUUUGGAAUAAUU